AUGUCAGGCCAGGAAGGUGGCAAAAAGAAGCCCCUGAAACAGCCCAAGAAACAGGCCAAGGAAAUGCAUGAGGAACAUAAGGCUUUCAAGCAGAAACAAAAAGAGGAGCAGAAGAAACUCGAGGAGCUAGAAGCCAAGGCCAUGGGGAAGGGACCUCUGGCCACAGGUGGAAUUAAGAAAUCUGGCAAAAAGUAA